CACUGCUGUGGCUGAGAAACCAGCCCGCAUUUCUACAGCUGGUCACCUGGUGAGGAGUUGAGACACUGCGCCUCCUGCCCUGACCCACAUGGCUUGUUACCUGGUCAUCAGUUCCCGGCAUCUCAGCAAUGGACAUUACAGGGGCAUUAAAGGAGUCUUCAGAGGACCCCUCUGCAAGAAUGGAUCUCCUUCUCUGGAAUUUCCAGAAAAGGAGAAGUCCACAGCAAAAGCCCUAGAAGAUGUAAAGGCAAACUUUUACUGUGAAUUAUGUGACAAGCAGUAUCACAAACACCAGGAAUUUGACAAUCAUAUUAAUUCUUAUGAUCAUGCCCAUAAACAGAGACUGAAAGAAUUAAAGCAACGAGAAUUUGCUCGAAAUGUAGCUUCCAAGUCAUGGAAAGAUGAGAAGAAACAAGAAAGAGCACUUAAACGACUUCAUCAACUGGCUGAGUUAAGGCAACAGACUGAAAAUGUUUCUGGAAGUGGACCUGCAUACAAAGCUUCCAGGGUAGUCAUAGAAAAGCAACUCCAGCAAGGCAUUUUCCCAGUUAAGAAUGGCAGAAAGGUAGCAUGUAUGAAAAGUGCUCUUAAAGGAAAGAACCUCUUCAGAAGCAUUGCUGAAAAACAGCGGACUGCUUUGCCAAGUCGACACCAAUCACAAAUGGACAAGCGUUAUUUGUUUGGAAGUCACAUAUCACAAACAUCAUCAAACCUCAGUAAUGCAAAUCACAGGACAGGAGUCUCAUUUUCUUUUUCCAAAAAGGUCCAUCUAAAAUUAGAAUCAUCAGCAUCAGUAUUCAGUGAGAACAUAGAAGAAACACAUGAUUGUAACAAGUUAUCAACCUAUAAAACAAAACAAACUGCAGAGAAAUGCAAUUGUCACAGAUUUGCAAAUGAAGAUAUACACCUUGCUAAGGAAAAAGAUGUAAACACUUCACCAAAUCACCUAGAAAGUGUUUUACACAACACCUUUCCCAUAAAUUCACAAAUUAUGCAAAACAAAAGUAAUUCUGUUGAAGAAACAUCAGAAGAUAGAAUAAGCUUUCAUGCUUCACUCUCCAAACCAAAUAGUCAUCUUUCAGAAGUAGAUUUUACUCCAUCCAGAAGAGAAAAAGAAAUGAGAAAAACAUUAAUAACCACUUCAGAAAACCGCAUUAGUCAUUCAUGUCAAACAAAUACUUCCUCCAUUACAUCAAACCCUUACAAAUAUAGCAGUGCCAGGUUAUUUGAAGGUCUGGAUGAGUUUCCAUCACUAGAGCCAAGAAGACAAAACAACAAAGAAUAUUUAAAUCCCACCUCUAAAAUGGAGAGCAGAGACAAAUUUUUGAAUGAAGCAGAUAGAGUUAGCAAAAAUGUGCAAAGGCUUAUAAGAGAAGCAUGUCCUCAUGAUGUAAAGUCCAAAGCAUUACCUUUUCUUCAUGUACAAAGCAAGGAUGGCCACACUACUUUGAAAUGGCCUAUGGAACUUUUGCUUUUUACAAAAACAGAACCCUGUAUCUCUUAUGGUUGCAACCCAUUGUAUUUUGACUUUAAACUUUCUCGGAACAUGAAGGAUGGCCAUGAUCCAGAGGACAUAAAAACAGAAUUGAUUAAGGAAUCCUUGGAAAUGAGGAUGACAAGAGAGAGCCAAGUCCCAGGUUUAAUCAAAGACCAACAAAAAGUGAUCCAAGAAGAUAAUCUGUUUCUAAAACCAAAGAUGAUGAUGGCUAAUAUAGAUCAGGAAAAUUUCCAGAGAAAAUAUAAUUUGUGUUGUAGUGAUUCUGAGCCAACCAUGAAUAAGCAUAAUUUAAGUGCCAGUGACUUGGAAAUAAAAAAUCCUGAAGUGCCUGCAUACCUUGGUAUUUCUCUAAAUGGUUGUGUAGACAACCACAAUAACAGCAAUGAUGAAUUUAAGGAAGCUUCAAAGGCUCAUUGGCAAAGCUGCAGAAGGGUAGUUCUAAGUAAUGCAAAUGAGGACUUGUCUUUUUCUUCUUAUAUCUCUAGUACUAAAAAGACUAAGCUGAUUCCCUGUGAUUCUCAUUCAGAUUUUGAAGAUAGAAAUCAAUAUACUUGGAAUUCUCAUCUUUACACUGUUAGGGAUCACAGUGACCAUGAAAAGGACUUCAGUGUAAUUUUGAAUGGCAACCACAUCAAUAUGAGCAGGAGGGUUUCUGAAUGUGGAAGCCAAACUAGCAGAACUUCUCCAGAGUUGUCUAUGAAUAAGUGUCCUAUACCUUCUGAAACAUCGGUUAACAGUACAUCCAGUUUAAGAAGCCCUUGUUCACCUCCAACUUCCAGUGGAAAAGACAGUAAUAAUUCAUUCUACUUUUGUAAAAGAGAACGCAACUCAGUUGAAGUACACGAACAGAAACGUCAAAAGCACAACUGCCUCUACUUGUCUGAUGGAAUGGCAAAGAGCAACUGCCUGCAGUCUGAAACUGAGAGAAAAAAGAACUGCAAUUUAUGGGGAUCAUUUAAAAAUGGAAAUUGCUCAAAGCAUAGAUAUGGUCAUUGCCAAGAAAAAUACAAACUUGGUAGAUAUAAACAAUUUUCAGUAUCAAAAUCCAGGAGAUUCACCUCUUAUGACACAAGUUCACAGACUCCUUGUGUUGAGAACAGUGAAAAACCACCAAAUUGCCAGGCAUCUCAGCAUAGUAGACUGGGUUCUUAUUCAAAGAGAAUUUAUUACUUAAAUAAAAAUGAUAGAUGUCAAGCAUCUUUGGACAGCACUCAAAUUUGUGAUCUGGGAAAAGUUAAAUCCAUGAAGUAUAACUCUGGGAAUAUCAACUGCUUUCUAAAAAACUGCUCCAACAGCCUUUCAAAAACCACAGAGUUGUCUUUAGUAGAAGGAGACAGAACACACCUGACAGCCAAAAGCCUUUUAGAAAGAGUACAAGUCAAGAAGUAUAAGGAACAAUCAACUAAUUUUGAGGUCCCCUCAAACAGCUGUGAAAAUACAUCAGAGGUUCACUCACAGAUGCAGUGCACAAUUCAGUUUACACCUCCAGGCUAUAACAGACCAACACGGCCUUUAUCUGAAAAAGUACAGAAUAUAGGUAAAGGAAGAAAUGAUAAGGACCACAUACUUAAAAGAAUUAUUGCGAAAGAUGAAGUCGACAGUUCACAGACAAAUAAUUUUACUGUUUUAGUAGACAGUGAUUGUGAUAACCAUCUUCCUCAAGGUAUAAUUCAUGUGGUAGCUGAAUCUGAAACACCAAACAUAAAAAGGAGCCCAGUAACAAAAGAACAAUCAAAGCCUUUAAUUAGUGAAAUCCAACCAUUUAUUCAAAACUAUAAUGCGGUACCAAAUGAUUUACCUGGUGCUUUUUCAUCUAAUAGGUAUUCUGGUAUUGCUGACUCAAAGGAGACCAAAGAGGACCAAAUAAAUGUAGAACUACAGGAUGUAAAAAUGUGUAUGAAUCAUGCAGAAGGAAAUAUAAACCCGUACUAUGACAGAACUAUGAAGCAGUCUGACAAAGGGGAAGAUGAAUUAGGAGUGUGUCAUAAGUCUAUCUCCCCCCCUUUAGUUCAGCAGCCAAUAACAUUUUCUCCUGAUGAAGUAGAUAAAUAUAAACUCCUACAGCUACAAGCCCAGCAGCAUGUGCAGAAACAGCUCCUAUCAAAGCAUCUUCGAGUUUUGCCUGCAGCAGGACCUACAGCCUUCUCUCCAGCCUCAGCUGUGCAGACAGUCCCAGUUCACCAGCAUGCUUCCAUCACUACCAUCCACCACACAGUCCUGCAACAUUUUGCAGUCUCUGCUUCAAUAAAUCCACACAGCAGUCACCUUCCUAUAACUCAUCUGCAUCCUCUUUCACAGCCACAUUUUCCUCCAUUCGCAUUUUCACCUUUUACUCCAACCAUCAUCCCUACUCACCCCACUUUCUUUUCUGGUCAUCCCCUGCAUUUAGUCAGUGCAGCCCCCUUCCACCAGUCUCACAUUACACUUCAGCCUCUGCCCCCUGCAGCAUUUAUCCCUGCAUUGUUUGGCCCUCAUUUAAGCCCAGCCACAACUUCUAUCAUCCACUUGAAUCCUUUACUUCAACCAGUGUUUCAAGGUCAGGGUCUUUGCCAUCAUCCAUCCUCUAGUCAGAUGCAACAGUUAAAUGGAGUGAAAGAGGCCUUAAGUGUAUCAGCACACUUGAACUAA